GGAUGGCGUUUUAGAAGCAGCGCCACAGAGCAAAGAUGGCGGGCAGUCACCGCUUGUUUACACUCGAGACUUGGAAAAAUUGGGCAAAAUCGGGCAAAGCAGAAGUCAUCCAAACAAUCAAGCAACUAUUAAAAGAAGACUCAGAUAACCCGGGCUUAUCCCAACCAAGUGUUUGCAAAGACCUGUCCAGAGGACUGUAUGAGAUAUUGUCAGCUGUUUUAAGAGGCAACUUGACACGUGAACAUGUGCGACCACUUCUUGCAGAAAUGCUUAACUGGCACCCAGAUCUGGCAUCGCAGCUGGUGGAGACGGCCACCCUUCUUGACCUGGAAGCUUCCACCAUUGACCGUCUCAGCAGAAACCGUGAGCAACUGAUGAUGCUGCUCAAAUCCUUAGACAUAGAUAAAAUGAUGAAGGAGAGGUUAGAGAUAGAAACCCUCGGAGAUUAUGGCAUAGUGAAAAACAAGAAAAAUUUCCACACAAAGCAAAUAAAAGUGAAGACUAAGUUAUUCUACAAACAACAGAAAUUCAACCUAUUACGUGAAGAAACAGAAGGUUAUGCUAAGCUUGUGACAGAGCUCAAUCAAGAAAUUACAGAGAGGGUUACACCUCAGUCAAUCAUCCAAGUUAUUCGUAGUCUUAUUGGUGGUUUCAACUUAGACCCCAAUCGUGUCUUAGACCUUAUCUUGGAGUCCUUGGAGGCUCGGCCAUCUCAACACCAGUUCUACACAGGGCUCCUCAAUCAGUAUCCCUGUGAGUCAGCCACCAUCAGUGAACUCUUGGGCUUCAAGCUCAACAAUUAUGCCUCAAAUGGGAAGGACACCAAGGGGAUCUACACCACUAUAGCACUCCUCAUCCAGGCCAACAUCCUGCAGCUUUCUGAUAUCUACUCAUGGCUGACCCCUGAGGACUCCUCCAUGAUUGAGUGCCAUCUGAAGGAGGAGAGUGAGGCAAAAGAGAUUGUCAGAAAGCUUAAUGUCAUAUCUACCAAAGACAAGGAUAAAGACAAGGAAAAGGAACAAGAGCGACAAGAAGAGGAGGGUCUCAAAGAGGACUUCAAAAAUCAGGAGGUGUAUCUGUCCAAUCAAAAGAUCCAGUUGUGCAUUGCUCUCAUUGAGGUUGGAGCUUGGGAGCAUUUUGUAGAAAUUUCAUCUCGUUUCCCUGAUUAUUAUUUGAUGUCUUUUCCUCCUGUGAGUCAAGCACUUUGUCAGCUAGUUCAUGCCACAAUUGAACCCAUCUACAGAGAGGUGUGCAAUUUACCAAGCCGACUCAAGGCCUCUCGAGUGAAGCCACUAGACAACCCUCUUGCCCCACAACCAGCCAGGAAGUUCAGUGAUCUCUGUUCCACAGUGUUCCCCAUGCUGCUUGUACUUGGACCACACCUGUACCAUGACCCAGGGCUCAUGUGCAAGGUUCUGAGGGUGGCUCGUGUUGCUCUGAAGGAGACACCGGUAGGGGAAGAUGGGGAACGGUCCAAUUUCUACUUUGAGUUUUUAAGUGUCUUGGAUGAAGUUCUCCUUCCGUCGCUCUCCAUGCUAGACUCAAACCCAUGCCUGGCAGAGGAGAUUUGGGAAACACUCAAGAUAUAUCCCUAUCAGCACAGAUAUAGGUUGUAUGGCCGAUGGAAGAAUGAGUCCUUUACACAACAUCCCAUGUUGAUGAGGCGUCGGGCUUGGCUGCUCAAGAAGGCUAAGUUCAUUAUGAUGCGCAUCACAAAAGAAACCAUCAAGCCUGUAAGCCGAGGCAUCGGAAAAUUGACGCAUAACAACCCUGGCCCCAUAUUCCAUUAUAUCCUGAUUCAAGUCCAGUUGUAUGACAACCUAAUUGGCCCUGUUGUAGACAGCUUUAAGUACCUGACCUCUCUCUCCUAUGAUAUGCUUGGAUACUGCAUUGUGGAGAUUCUCUCAGAGAACAAGGAUAGAACAGCACAUGAAGAGAUGAUCAUCUCACCAUGGCUUCAGUCCCUGUCCAGUUUUUGUGGCACAGUGUUCAAGAAAUAUGUUACAGACCUUGGAGGCAUCUUACAGUUUGUGGCCAACCAACUCAAGUCUGAAAAAUCCAUUGAUCUCCUCAUAUUACGGGAAAUAGUGCAGAAAAUGGGUGGAACAGACACUUUAGAAGAUCUCACAGCUGAACAGCUGAGUGCUAUGUGUGGUGGAGAACUCCUGCGUCGGGAAGCAGGGCAGUAUCAGCAGGAGAGGAACACCAAGAGGUCCUCUCUCCGUUUGAAGGAGGCUCUUCUGGAGAAUGACCUUGCAAUACCUUUGUUGCUGCUUAUGGCACAGCAGAGGUCAUCUAUUGUGUACAAUCAGACAGAAUCGCCCCAUUUAAAACUUGUAGGGAAGCUGUAUGAUCAAUGCCAGGAUACAAUGGUGCAGUUUGGCUCAUAUCUCUUCCAAGUUGUCACUAUAGAGGAGCUGAGUGAUCGGCUGCCAAGCAUUGGGUCAUUGCUCUCUGAUUACCACAUCAACGCUGAUGUUGCAUUCUUCCUCGCACGUCCUCUUUUUAUAAAUAUGUUAAAUUCCAGAUAUGAUGAAUUAAGAAGGCAAGAUCGUGGUGAGAAGAAACUGACCAUUGAACAAAAGAAAGAUCGGUAUAUUCAGGCUUGCAAUGAAGUUUUUGAACCCAUUGUUUCCAGCAUCCAGCCACACUUCAGUAUUAAGGUCUGGGAGGACAUGGAUCCCUCCUUCUUCCUCACUUUUUGGACACUCACCAUGUCUGACCUGGAGGUCCCACACCACAUGUAUGAGAAGGAGAUCAAGAAGAUUGAUGCAAAUGUUAGCCCAUCGACAAACAAGCGCAAGAAGGAGACUGACCGCCUAUUGGCCCUGAAGGAGAAGCUCCAGGAAGAGGAGAAACGCCAAAAGGAGCACGUGGACAGAGUGUAUGCCAGAUUGCAGCAGGAGAAGGAUGGAUGGUUUAUGCUUCGAGGAGCAAGAUCCCCAAAGAAUGACACUGUGACAGCUUUCCUUCAGCUCUGCCUGUUUCCGCGAUGCACAUUCACAGCACUGGAUGCUAUUUAUUGUGCCAAGUUUGUGAAAAUGCUGCAUAACCUCAAGACUCCAAAUUUCUCCACCUUGAUAUGUUAUGACCGUAUGUAUUGCGAUAUAAACCUAUAUGUCCCCCUUCCUGCCUUGGUAACCUGCCUAGAGAGUGGGGACUACAUCCAGAUACGCAACGCCAUCCUUAUCCUGCAGGGCAUCUUGCAACGCUUCCCUGUCAUUUCAAACCUCGCUGCAGUCAUUGAAAAGAGGAUUGAGAAGGUGAAAAACGAGGAGAGAAAUCGGAGGAAUGACCUAUAUGUCCUGGCAAACAGCUACUCAGGGAGACUAAAAGGUGCAAAGCCAAACCUCAUGCCUGAGACAGACUUCCACAUCGUCCCAAAGAGGCCACAGGCGGCAAAGGUUGUGAACGGGGCCUCAGAGAAGUCUAGCUCAACGGCAACAAAUGACAUGAAGAGCAGUGGGGAGGUGGUAGAGCAGAAUGAAAAGAUUGUCAAGAUGGAGACUUCAGAGACUACCAAUGGAGAGCUGGAGGGCAAGGAGGACAGGGAGGCGAAGGAGAUCAAGAAAGAGUCAGCAAGUAAAGUGUCAAAGGAGAAAAAAGAAGCAAGUGAAAAGAGAAAGAGCGAAGACCGAGAGCUAAAGAAAGAGGAGAAGGAAAAGAAGGAUAAGGACAAGAAAGAGGAACGAGAAGAAAAGCCCAAAAAGAGAUCCAAAGAAUCAAAGAAAUCCAAGUAUGAUGAUGAGGACUAUGCGGACCCAGAGCGAGAUGACCGGGCAUUAGUGGGGGGUGGAGCCGAGAGGGAGAGGGAGAGCAGUGUCACAUCCAACGCUUCUUCAGCCUCUAACAAGAUGGAACCUCCUGAGUCUUCAAGAGGGUCAAAGCGUCGCAAGACUGAACAUAACUCCAAGAGCCGUAAGGAGGAGGGCUCCCGGCGAGAGCACAAGCACAAGGAGCGGUCCAAGUCAAAGGAGCCAGAGGGGGAGACGCAGACCAAAGAGAGCAAGAAGGAGAAAAAGGAGAGGAAGAGGGACCGAUCCCAAGAUGAGGCAGUGGACUCUGAUUUGAAACGGAAGAAGGAUGAUCGAAUAAAAAGUAAUGGCAGGUCUGAAGACGACCACAAGCACAGGCACCAAACACACAGGGCGGACAGUGAGGAGUAUCAUGACCGAUAUUCAAGUGAUAUCAGAGGAAAGGAUUACCGAGAAUAUGAAUACGAGCGAGAUUAUGAGAAGCAUCCCCCAAGCAGACACAAGCGCAAAAACUAACCCCAGUAUAGAUUUAGUUCUUCAAAUUGUGUUUAUAGGGCUCCUGUUUACAAAUGAAGUGUUUGACUCCAAGAAAAUGCCUCAGUCAUUAUAAAGUCCAGACACUUGGAAUUCCUAUAGAAAAUUUUGGGUUUUGUAAUGUUCUUAUGGUCCCUUUAUAAUUGAAAGAACAAAUUGUGUUGCCAACAGAAUCAGGGCUGAUGAAUAUCUAAUUAAUUCUUUUAUCACUGUUCAGUGUUUUGUUACUUUUAUGUUUGUUCGUGCAUUUAAUGAGACCAGAAAGCAGGACACAGAAACAAAUGAGUAUAUGUAUAUGUAUGUAUAUCUAGACACAACACACUCAGAUGCUCAUACUCUCACAUGUUCACACAAACACAAAAAUAGAUGUGAUAACAUGCAUAAAUAGGAAUACACAGAAUCACAAACACACACACUUAUAGUAUUAAUUUCAGAAGUUCUUGGUUUACAGACAACAAUGUCAAGAGGGUAAAGCAUUUUUAGGCGGUGAAUUUUUCUCUUUCUCUCUUACUCAAAAUCUACUACUUGAAAUUAAUAAAUGGACCAUAAAACUUUUAAAUAAAUAUUAAUGUUACUGACUCCCCCCCAUUUAUAAUUAUUAUAAAUUUCCUCCCCAGUCCAUAAAUGUGUGUAUAUAUUUUUUUUGUUUCCUUUCCAAAAGUAGUCAGAUCUUUCAUUACAUUGGCAUACACUUAUUCAAGAAUAAGUUUAAAAGGUUUUAGAUUGUUAAAAGACAAUACAAGUGUUAAAAAAAAUAAAACCCAAAAAAAAGAAACAGGCUUUGAGCAUAUGUGAAAAUGUCCGUGCUAAACAAAUAUUUUACUUUUUUUUUUUAUUUAUUUAUUUUUUUUUUCCCUUAUCUAUUUAUUUAUUCUUUCUUUUUUUUCUAAUUGUUAGUAUGAACAAUUGAGAUUUCCAUUGUAAUAAAUAGUCCACAAACUUCAAAUAUACAAAGCCUUUUUUUUUCUUUCUUUCUAAUAAUGAUAAGUAACAGAAGUUAAUCCAGAGUGAUGCUAAAGUUUUACCCUCAUACAGGAAAUAAAAGGGGAGAAUAAAAAGAGCAAUGUACAUAGUCAUAAUUUGUGUACCUGGUCCAAAAUGGCUAACCAUUUUUAUGAUAAAGAAAUAGUUUUGAAUGGUAAGAAAUAGAAAUAAAAAAAGUUCAAAAAAAUAAAAAUAAACAUUUAUGUUGUGUAUAUGAUAUGUCCAUUUUAAGGUACUGCAAGGUAUGAAAAUAGCCAGCUUACACAAUAUGUUCUAUUUUACUGGUGUUUUGGUAUUGCAACUUGUGGGAUAUCUCUCAAUCCACCGUACAUUUUGAAUGCACUGUGAGUAAUGUCAAGGUUUGAUAUGUGUGUGACGUUUUCAUACAUCCUCUAUUUUGUAUAUUGAGAGCAUUAUUUGACGAGUGAAUAGACUUUCUAGCAGGGUAAUAUGAAUUUAAUGGUUAUGUUGAAUAAGCAGAGUACAAUGUUACUGUUAGUACUUAAAUGAUAAAGCAACUAUAUUUUUUAUUUUUAUUUUAUUUUUUUUUUUUUUAGUUGUUUUAGAUAAAUCAGUGAAAGACUUUGUUUUGUUAUUGAUAUCAUUAUUAGUUCCCUUUUUAAUAAUUCUAAAUAACAUGUCCACACAGUACUUUUUUCAUUUACUUUGUCUUUCUUUUAUCCGUAUUGUUCUCUCUCUCUUCCUUUAGUUCUUUAACCUUUAGUGUUGGAUCUCGUCAUAUCCUGCGUCUUUGAUUUUUUCCACAAAUUUGCAAUCUUCCAGUAGUCUAUGUUGCUCAACGGACUUUCAAGAUUUAGGGAUCCCAGAGAGUAAAUGCUAUUCUGCUGUACAUGGAUUGACUGUGACAUUAUUGCACAUAGAAUUGCAGUACAUAGGAAGGAACAAAAAGAAAAAGGGUAUACAAAGAAAUAGCAUAAAUCAUCUUGUUUUAGUUAGUACUGUGAAAUUAUUAAUACACACUUUACAACCAGCCUGCAAUAUGUAUUCUGUAAGGUAAAAUGUGAUUAUAAUAAUAACAUUAUUUUACUGUA